AUGGGGGUCGCCAAGGGGGCAGUGGCGACGGUGUCGGCGAACGAGUGCGACUUCAUUCUCGCGGCGGUGCGCGACGAGCUGCGCGUCGAUGGCCGCAAGCCCUUCGAUUACCGCUCCUGGGACAGCUCUACUUGCGAUGGCACGUUCUCCUCCACGAAACCUGCUUCAUGCCUCUUGCUGGCUCCUCCGCCCCGCAUUCCGCCCCGCGCGCCUGCUUCCUCGUCACCUGUCCCGUACUCGCCUUUUCCCAAUCCGUCAAUGUUGACCCUCUUCCCCCAAACCCUCUUCCCCCAAACCCUCUUCCCCCAAACCCACUUCCCCCGAACCUUCUUCCCCCAAACCCUCUUCCCCAAAACCCUCUUCCCCCAAACCCCCUUCCCCCAAACCCUCUUCCCCCAAACCCUCUUCCCCCAAAUCCUCUUCCCCCAAACCCUCUUCCCCCAAACCCUCUAUCCCCAAACCCUCUUCCCCCAAACCCCCUUCCCCCAAACCCUCUUCCCCCAAACCCUCUUCCCCCAAACCCUCUUCCCCCAAACCCUCUUCCCCCAAACCCUCUUCCCCCAAAUCCUCUUCCCCCAAACCCUCUUCCCCCAAACCCUCUAUCCCCAAACCCUCUAUCCCCAAACCCUCUUCCCCCAAACCCUCUUCCCCCAAACCCUCUUCCCCCAAACCCUCUUCCCCCAAACCCUCUUCCCCCAAACCCUCUUCCCCCAAACCCUCUUCCCCCAAACCCUCUAUCCCCAAACCCUCUAUCCCCAAACCCUCUCUCCAAUUCUCUGA